AUGUCUUCAAAUGCGCUGGCCUGCGUGUGCAACAUUAUCAAUCCCUGCCGCAAUGAAGUGUCCACUACAUUCAUCGUCUUGCAGUGGCUAAUUACUGGCUUUGCCGCAUUAGCUCAGGUCGUUCGGCCAGUAUUACUGCUCAUUGGCAUAAGAGGCGAGGUGGCGCUGAAUCAGGAAGAUUACAAUAAAACCUGGAUAUACAUGCCAAAUGGAGACGGAGAGCCCGAAGUAGCAUAUCUUGUCGAACCCCCACCAGAGAAUCGGAUCAGCUUACCUCAGCUAAUACAGUUUGAGCUCUAUAGCAGCGAUUCUCCCAAUGACUUUCGCACUUCUAACUUUUGGAUUAAUGACAACGACUUUGACCGAAAACGGGUUAAGCGAGACACCUGGGAGGAAAUGGCCGAAAAAUUUAACCCGCAAUUAGACACAAAGAUACUCGUGCAUGGCUGGAAAUCGAGUACCAUGAGCAACUCAAUCGAAUCUAUUCGCGGGGCCUACAUACAGCGAGGGCAGGUAAAUGUUUUUGCCAUUAACUGGAAGGAUCAGGCAGACAAUAUAUACUACCUGACGCCAGCGCGUUACACGGUGCAGGUGGGCCGGGCGGUUGCUAAAUUAAUUGAUUUGCUGGUGGAAGAAAAGGGCGGCGACCCUAAUCGUAUACACCUCAUUGGACACAGUCUAGGUGCUCAUAUUAUGGGCUACGCUGGCUCAUACACAAAAUACCGGGUAAGCCGCAUUACUGGCUUGGAUCCGGCGCGCCCUGCCUUCGAAGACUGCAUUGGACCGGAAAACCACCUGGAUGACACUGAUGCUAACUUUGUCGACGUUAUACAUAGCUGUGCAGGAUAUUUGGGUUUUCGUAAACCUAUAGGUCUGGUCGACUUCUAUCCGAACGGUGGCGGCCCCCCACAGCCAGGCUGCAACGAAUUAGCGCAAAUCUUCACCGGUUGUAGUCAUGGUCGUUCUUACGAGUACUAUGCCGAGUCAAUCAACAGCGAAAAGGGGUUUUACGGCUCUCCCUGCACUACCCUGGACGAACUUAAGGGAAAAAACUGCACCGGCGAUAAAAUAUUAAUGGGCGAUCCAGUGCCUCGGGAGGCGCGAGGCAUUUACUUUGUAAGAACGUCUAAUAAGCCAAGCUAUGCGCUAGGAAUGGAUGAGGACUGGAAUUGA